CCGCGCGUCCCUGCCGCGCUCCGAUCCCUGCGGCCAGCCCGGGGCGCGCUCGGUGCUCCGGGCAGAGUGUCCCCGCUGCGGCCCUGCGGCCAUGGCCACCAAGAUCGACAAAGAGGCUUGCCGGGCGGCGUACAACCUGGUGCGCGACGACGGCUCGGCCGUCAUCUGGGUGACUUUUAAAUAUGACGGCUCCACCAUCGUCCCCGGCGAGCAAGGAGCGGAAUAUCAGGACUUCAUCCAACAAUGCACAGAUGACAUCCGGCUGUUCGCCUUCGUGCGCUUCACCACCGGGGAUGCCAUGAGCAAGAGGUCCAAGUUCGCCCUCAUCACGUGGAUCGGCGAGAACGUCAGCGGGCUGCAGCGAGCCAAAACCGGCACGGACAAGACCCUGGUGAAGGAAGUCGUGCAGAAUUUUGCUAAAGAGUUUGUGAUCAGUGAUCGGAAGGAGCUGGAGGAAGAUUUCAUCAAAAGCGAGCUGAAGAAGGCUGGGGGAGCCAAUUACGACGCCCAGACAGAGUAACCCCAGCCCUCCCCCUGUCCCUUGCCAAAGUCAUCUGCCUGCUCCCCGGGGGAGGGGACCGCGGCCUCAGCUACCAGCCCACCAGCCCACCAGGGAGAGGAGACGCAAUGAGAGGCAACGCCCGCCACCCUGUCUGCACCCCAGCUCCCCUUCCUUCCCUGCUUCCCUUGUGAGCCCUGUUAUGUCCUAAAUCAUGAAGCUCAUGGAACAUCUUUCUUUUAUCUUCUUUUUCUCCCCGCCCGUUCUUUCAUGUUCUAAAGAAAAAUCAUUUUGAUGCCAAGGUCAUGCCCAUCAUCAGAUGUGAGGCGCCUCCUUGGGUGACCCCUUUUCCUGGCAUUUCUCUGACGUGCACCUAGCCUGCCUGGCCUUGCCCACCAUGGCCUCAUGCUGCUUCUGGAACCUAG